UCAUUCGUUUGGAAAGGGGGGGAAGUUUGAUCCUCUUUCUCACGGAUCCCAGUUACGGGAGUUUUUCUCCCGUUCACAGAGACCCGGGAUUAUUAUUUCGUUUUUCACUUCUAGAUUUUUUUUAUUAUUCGAGCUUAAGUGAAAUUGUACCGUUCGUCCCACUUUACUCCACUAACCUGGGGUUUGUUAUAUUUUCUUUUUCACUUGUUUUUCUCGACUGAGUCCAAUGACUAUGCUCCUUGAUAGCGCUCCUCAGUUCCCGUCACUAGGAGUAGGGGGCUUCGGAACGCCGAGACACCAUGAAUUGGGAAAUCGAGACCCCGGACUGGGGCUCAGUCCCUUCGCAGACUCAUCUCACUCGGCAGCAUUCAAAAUAAGUCCCGUUACUCAUGAUAUUGCCUCCAGCCAGACAUCAGCUUUCACCCCACAAGCUACUGGAUACGCAGCUGCUCUAGGGCACCAUCACGGAGGACAAGUUGGUUCUUACGCCAGUGGAGCAUUCAAUUCGACCAGGGACUUUCUCUUCAGAAACAGGGGCGCUGGCAUCGGAGAGACAGCAGCGUCGAGUGCCCAACAUGGAAUCUUUGCCACCUCUGCUGGGGGUCUACACGGGCCCCCUGGAAUUUCAGACAACCCGGGACAUCUGUUGUUUCCUGGACUUCACGACCAGAGCGUGAGCCACACUUCACCGGGAGGACAUGUUGUAAACAGUCAAAUGCACCUGGGUUUACGCGGGGACAUUUUUGGCCGUCCAGAUCCGUAUCGACCUGUGGCGAGCCCGCGUACUGAUCCUUACGGCACCUCUCAGCUCCAUAACUACAACCACCACAUCAAUAUGAACAUGGGAAUGAACAUGCCCACACAUCACGGUCCGGGGGCCUUCUUCAGAUACAUGCGGCAGCCAAUUAAGCAAGAAUUGUCUUGUAAGUGGAUAGACGAGAACCAGAUGAACAGACCUAAAAAGACUUGUGACAGAACUUUCAGCACAAUGCAUGAAAUGGUGACACAUGUUUCAAUGGAACACGUUGGCGGCCCUGAGCAGAGUAACCACAUUUGCUUCUGGGAGGAUUGCCCGAGAGGAGGGAAAUCCUUUAAGGCCAAAUACAAACUAGUGAAUCACAUCCGAGUGCACACUGGAGAGAAACCGUUCCCUUGUCCGUUCCCCGGUUGUGGGAAAAUUUUUGCAAGAUCAGAAAAUCUGAAAAUUCACAAAAGAACUCACACGGGUGAGAAGCCGUUUAAAUGCGAGUUCGACGGCUGCGACAGGCGCUUUGCAAACAGCAGCGACAGGAAAAAGCACAUGCACGUGCACACAUCUGACAAGCCAUAUGUCUGCAAAGUGUGUGACAAGUCCUACACACACCCCAGCUCUCUCAGGAAACACAUGAAGGUGCACGAAUCACAAGGCUCAGAGUCGUCUCCGGCUGCGAGCUCUGGAUACGAGUCGUCCACGCCACCAGUGCUGGUGUCCGCGAACACUGAAGACCCGACAAAAACACCCACGACUGCAGUGCAAAAUACAUCUGCACACAGCGAUGGACUACCACCCAAUUUUAAUGAAUGGUACGUUUGAAGCUCCAAGCAGACUCUCAAUGUGGACCAAAAGGUUCAAGUAACCUUUAAAAAAAAACUAUUUGCACUACGGUGUACAAAAUGGCAUUGAAACAGAAGAGAUGAGAGAGUUCGCCAACAGGCCUCGUCCAUUCUCAGGAUUCGAAAUUUGACUUUAUUCCGAGUUCGAAGAAAACUAGCAAGGCAUAAAAUAACAAAAUAACACUUUCUAAGAUAAAUGGUUUCCUUUAGUUUUCAGAUUUCAGAUGCUUAUUUUAUUUUUCAUUUUAUGUAUUUUCUGAAAAACAAAUAUUUAAAAUAAUGGGAAAGAAAGAAUAUUUCACGGUGUUUUAUAUUAAGGUGAUCCUCACAUCACCUUUGAUUGAUUGUUAAAACUUCAGAGAGUCUUAAGAAACGUGCCAAAGUCUUUGUCUUGAACUUGAACAAAAAUAAAUAAAUCAUAAAUAAGUAUAUAGCCUACUCGUGAAUGUAUUUCCUUGUUUGAUGGAGUCAAAUCUGUUGUCCAAGUCCGUUUUCAGAUGGAGAAAUGUGGUAUUAGAUUACGAUUGUUACCUUUGAAUAUAACGUUGCCUUUGUUAAUAACGAUGUAAAUACAUAUCCAUGCUGCCAUAUUUAUCAAGUUGUAAUUUAAUAAUCGGCGAAAGAGCCGAAUCUUAAAUGAUAUUUAUGGAAAUGUUUUCUAACCAGACUGUACAGUUUUGAGUCAAUAACCAGUUUUAACGAUGAAAAAGGGAGUCAUCUCUAAAGUUCCCACGAUACGAUUGUAUCUUUUUUAAGGCAAUAUGUGUGUCUUAUCUGGGUCGUAAAGUAUUAAUUAUAUUAAUAUUAUGACAGGACAUUAUAUAUAGUUUCAAGUAUGCAUUUUUCCAACUCAAGCUUAUGAAAGGACCGGUAUGAAAAUAUAUAUACAGUAUAUAUUAUUAUUUUUUCAUUAAUCAGCCAUAUGAGGAGUAAUUUCGAGACGUUUCUGGUUCUUAUUAAAAUGAUUUUUUUUUCUUUACUCUUAGCAUUACAGCGUACACUACAUCUCUAUAGGUAACACUUAGGUACAAAUUUGAGAUGCCUACUGACCAGGGCUGGGUUUCCCAAAAGCAUCGUAGCCUAAGUAGAUCAAGCCAUUGGUGCCAAUGGUUUCUAUCUACUUAGGCUUACAAUUCUUUUGGGAAACCCAGC